AUGGUUCCUUGCGAACACUGUUACUGUCCACAGGAUCUCACUGUAUACGAUGAGCAUAGUCGACAGUGUCGUAAUGAUCGAACAGGACGCCAACAAAAGAUAAUUGAAUUUAUUUUACCUCGCACUAAGUAUCCAUUUAGUGCACGACAGAUUGGCUUCUUUAUUGAAAAUCAGAAGAAAACUAAUCCGGUUAUCAAUCCACUUUCCAUUGUCGAAGAACUGGCCGAGUACGACGACGUCUUUCCAAUGGAGCUCCCCACUCGUGACUGCGAUGUUUGCAUGGAAUCGUGUUUAUUAGAUGAUAUUUUUGUAUUUGGCUGUGAUGAUAGUCACAAGUUGUGCUACAAAUGUUACGAAGCAUCUUGUCGAGUCAAGAUGAACAAUAAUGAGAUUCUCACUUGUGGUAUUUGUCCUUAUCAGCUUCAGUAUGGUGAACUGAAUCAAUUACGAGUAUCACCGGAUCAACGAGAUCUCUUUGUUGAGUAUCAGGUACAGAAAACCUUCGAUCGUUAUGCAGGCGGCGGUCGAGGCGUGAUCAAAUGUCCAAAGCAAAGUUGUAUGUGGGCCUUCGAGCCCAAUGAUCCAAAUGAACGUUUUCGAGUCAUCUGUCAACUGUGUGCAAAUGAAUUUUGUUCACUGUGUAAUCAGCAAUAUCAUUAUCGAACAGGUUGUCAACAGUUAACUGUGAUCACGGAACGAUGGUUCUUCUGGUGUAACUCAGAGCGUGCUCGCUAUUUAGCUAAGCGAGCAAGACAAGAUGCUGCAUAUGCAGUUCGAUUAGCUGAGCACGAAAAACAACAUGCUGCCAACAGACAACGAAAUGAAGAAUUACGUCACCGUUAUGAUACAGCAGUAGCAGAUGAAAAAUACAAAGCAGAGCAUUGUCGUCAUUGUCCACAUUGUCAUCGAGUUGUUGAGCGUAUAGAAGGAUGCGCAUCAAUGAUAUGUGGACAAGAUUAUCAUGGCGGCAAUACUCAAUCAGGUUGUGGAAAAAGCUUCACAUGGGACCAGGCGAAAAAAUAUAGAUCAGCAACCGUUCGAAGACCUGAACAACUCAUGAAUGAUCUACCACCUCCUGAGAGCCCAGUUGUAGUACAUGAAAAUAUCAAGUGCGAUGGUUGUCAUGAGACAGUACGUGGUAUUCGAUUCGAUUGUGUACAUUGUCCAUCGCUGAUCUUUUGCGAGAAAUGUGAACAAAAUUGUACACUCGCUCAUUCAGACGAGAAUCGGCGUGCCGGGCAGCAACAACAUGUCUUUCGAUUGAUAAUGACACCAUUUGAUGAGGCGAUGUAUUUGUGA